UUUAUUUUUGUUCAUCGACACAUUCUUGUCUGUUUUUCUAUGAUUUGUAUUGUUCAAAACAGAUUUAACUGCAUUGUGCGAGUAGAAACUUUGGGUAAACUACGUUAACAGGAUUCCCUUUUCGGACAAAUAUUAGUUCCCGUUGCCAUGGUUUCGCUGGUUAGGCUGUUUUGAGGGACAGAAGGGAUCCUUGCAGGUAACAUCUUUGAAAUCUCCAAUUUAAGUUUGAAAUCUCUGAAAACAUGGUGUCAAUGGUGUCAAAGUGCAACACCAAGCCAGAUGAAAUGUCGAUGCAAACAGUUUUGGCCACACAAACCGUUUCAACACAUUAAGCACAAAUCAAAACACUAUUAAAAGCCAUUCGUUUGUACCCAAUGUUCGCUGACCUUCAGGCAAUACUUUCCCAGUUCCUAUACAGACAGUUUGUUCACAGGCUUGAUGUAUUUUCACAUUCUCACAUAUUUGCUGACCUCCUGUGGAAUGAAGCAGCACUGAAAGGUGGGAGGAGCUCGAAGCGGUUCAUCUGUAAUGAUUCACCUGGCCCUCCUCUCUUCGGCUCCUCAGGCCUCGAUUUCCUGGAUCAGAAAAAACGCUCUGUGGAUUUCCUCCAUUGUAUUCGGAUCUCUUUCCCACAAGGCUUCUGAUUAGGAGACAGUCACGGUCGGUUUAUCUGUUUCUGCUGCUCGCAUUGUUGACAGUCCCAUCUGGGUUUGACAGGUCACUCUGCUUCUCCCGGGCCUUCCCGCCCGCGCCACAACUCCUGAAAUGUGGCUGGUGGUCGCCUGCGUCCCGCUGCUUCCCGCCGUCUUCAUGGUGAGCGCUCGCUGCCGCGUCAAAGUGGCCUCCCUGUGCCACGGGGCUCUGGCCUGGGCGCUGAGGCUGCUGCGAGGGAGAGCGUGUGCAAAGAGCACCCACGCCUUCGUGUUCUCCCAAUGCACCCACGGCCAGGCCGACAGCGUCCUGCAGACCUUUGAGCUGUACGCCGACACACACCCGUCUCCCUGCAUCGGCCCACUGACCGGUGAGGCGCUGGACGAAGCGGUGAGGCGGCUCGGCCCGUCCCGGGUGUUGGAGCUCGGGAUGCACUGUGGCUACACUUCAGUCCGCGUGCUGCGUCUGCUUCGCCCAGCUGGCCGGCUGAUCGCGGUGGAGCUGGACCCACUGGCCGCGGAGCUCGGGGAGGAGGUCAUACUCGUGGCUGGCUUCAAACACUCGCAGUUCCAGGUGCUGACAUCCAGCUCGGCGGAGGCCAUCCCAACUUUGCGUUCGUUUCUCGAGAUCAAUCAAAGGGUCAGCGAUGGGCUGGAUCUGGUUCUGAUGGACCACGACCCCGCGCAGUACCUCCCAGACCUGCUGGCUCUUGAGAGGGAGGAACUGCUCUGCCCGUCCGGCUGCUCCGUCCUUCUGAUCUACGGCAACCGAAGAGCCAGAAAUCGAGGAGAUGUCCUGGAUUGGAUCAGAGCGAGGCCCGACCGCUACAGCGUCAAGUCAGAACUUCAGUUCAUGACGGAGAUCUUCUACCAAAAUAAAAGCACGAGGGUUGAUGAGUGAGAAGAAAAUCUAAAGACGUGGUUGUGUGCUUCCAGUUUUUUUUCUCCACUUUAUCAACCAAUGGUGUAAAAUACAAAGUGCGAAAUACUAUUUUUCCUAUUACGUUCCUUAAGAAACUAAAGGAAAUCGUUAAGCGAUUCAUUAUCAAGUAUGUAAACAGUUUUUAUGCUAUGAAUUAAAUAAAAGCAGAUAAGGAAAGAGUCA